AUGGACCAAUGGCUGAGAAACGAACCUGGACGGAUCUUUCAUCCAUUCCCAAUGUUCCACGGAGGCGGAAUUUGCAUCUUCUUCCACAUGUCUCUAUGGUGGGACCAAAUCCCUGUGCUGGCUCCUAACAAGCCAUUGACACCAGAAAUGGCAGACGAAUUUCAUCGGAGCGGUCGAGUCAAUUGCAGCUUUCUCCCUCCCGCCAUCAUGGAAGGAAUCAGCAAGAACCCUGAAUUCACGCGGAACCUCAAAAACCUGCGAUUCGUCGCGUUCAGCGGAGCGCCUCUGGCAUACAGCGUAGGGGACAUUAUAUCCAAAUACACCAGGAUCAUCAACCUCCUUGGCCAGACCGAGACAGCGUCCAUGUAUCAGCUCUACGUCGAGGACGAAGAUUACCUCUACUGCCGCUGGGGCACCAUGGGAGGAGUCCAGCUCCAACAACGUGGUGAAGACACGUACGAAGUCGUGGUGGUACGCGACGAGAAGCUGCGUGACUUCCAGCCUGCCUUCAUGUCAUUUCCACACUUGACUGAAGUAAGGACGAACGAUCUGAUGCGGAGACACCCCGACCCGAACAAAUCCGACUACUGGAUCCAUUGCGGGCGAGCCGACGACAUUGUCGUGUUUGACAACGACGAGAAACUCAACCCCAUCUCAAUGGAGCACAUCAUCGCCAUGCAUCCCAAAGUCCGCACUGCCAUGAUUGUCGGCGAAGGGCGGUUCCAAGCCGCCGUCAUCAUCGAGCUCCAGGAUACAUUUCAACCCACCACUCAACCGGAGCGCGAUGAGCUUGGGGAAGAGAUUUGGCCCUUUAUCGAGCAGGCCAAUGUCGACUGCCCAGCUCACGGCCGUCUGGUGAAGCAACUAGUUCUUUUCGCGGACCCGAAGAAGCCAUUCCUCCGAACAGGAAAGGAGUCUCUCAAACGACGUGAAACCACGAAGUUGUAUCUUGAGGAACUGGACAACGCGUAUGCGGCAAUAGAUGUGAUGCCAGACGCAGGAUCAGGCCCCAUUGCGGCUUGGGGUCUGGAGCAGCUGCAGUCGUAUCUCAGAGAAAGAAUCGAACAGACGACCCACUUUGGCAGCAUCGACGACGACACGGACUUUUUCCGUCUGGGUAUGGACUCAUUGCAGGUUCUAGAACUCUCUCGAGGCUUCAAGUCGGCGCUUGCAGCAAGCGAUCCGGCUCUAGCAAAGUUGAUGACGCCGUCGCUGGUCUACACCAAUUCGAAUCUGCGCAAGCUCUCGUCUGCCAUCUUCGCCCUCAUACAGAAGUCAAACGGUUAUGCUAAUCCCCAACUCAACGGCACAACCGCCAACGGCGUGCAGGCAGUUGGCCGAACCGUGGUCAUGGACCAAGUCCUCGACCAGUAUACCCAGUUCCUCCCACUGGCAGGCUCAAGCAAGAAGCUGAAUGCAACGCGGCCCGCCGAAAAGGCCGUGAUCCUGACCGGCUCAACAGGUGGCAUUGGCUCAUAUGUCUUAGGAACACUGAUGUCGAACCCCUCCGUCACGCGCAUUUACUGCCUCAAUCGGUCGGCCGACGCAUCCAGCCGCCAGCACUCAAUCAACAAAGCCCGCGGCCUCCCCACGGACUUUGAAUCCAAAGUCAAGUUCCUGCGGACCAACUUCAGCCGCCGCGAUCUUGGCCUGAGCCCAGAUGUGUUCGACGAGCUGCUGACCUCGGUGACGCACAUCAUCCACAAUGCCUGGGCCAUCUGGCUGCCGCUGGCGACCAUCGACCACAGUUUCGUAUCCAGCCUCGGGUCCGUGGUCCGGUGGAAUGCCGCCGGCAACGACGGGCCCGUGCCGGAGCGGAUCAUCGAGGACAUGGAAGUGGCCGAGGAGCUUGGCUACGCCGAGUCCAAGCACGUAUCCGAGCGAGUCCUGCACGCCGCGCAUCAGACCAGCAAGAUUGAGACGUGCAUCUUCCGCGUCGGCCAGGUUGCCGGCCCCGUCCACCGCGGCACACAAGGCGAAUGGACGCGCGGCGAGUGGUUCCCGACCCUGAUCGCCAGCUCGCGCGCAAUGGGAGUGCUCCCAAGCGACCUUGAUGGCAUGAAUUCGGUGACCUGGGUGCCCGUGGACAUUCUGGCAGAGAGUCUCGUCGAGCUGGCUUUGGGCGACGCGGCACGAAGUGCCGAUGACAUCCCCGUCUACCACCUGGUCAAUCCGGCGAAGUCCACCUGGGAGAGCUUGUGGCCUGUGGCGCAACAGUAUUUCCAGAAUACCAAAGCUGAAGCAGACCCCGACAUCAAAGUCGUCCCCUAUCACGAGUGGCUGAAGGUGCUGCAGGAAAAUGCUUCCGUGGACCAGAGCCAGGAAGCUAUCCAGCGCAUCCCAGCCAUCAAGAUCUUGGACUUCUACGAAAGUCUCGACACGAGUGGCAAUGCUGCGAGCGACCCAGAGUUCUCGACACAAAAUGCCGUCAAACGUAGCCCGACGCUUCAGAAUUGCGGGACGGUCAAAACGGAGUGGAUGGAGCUGUGGUUGAAGCAAUGGAACUUCUGA